GAAAACGAGGAACAAUUAACAUCAUCAUUUGAACCACGUUUUAAUCGACUAUCUUUUGAAAAUUCCGAGAUUUUAUCCAAAGAAAUCCUAUUCCUAAUUGGCAAGAGUAAAGGAGUGAAAAUGGAAAAUAUAAAAGAAGAUCAAAAUCUUGACAGUUAUCCUUCAUCUUCUCGUAUUCAUCACGACAACAAUAAUUUUGCACUUAGUAAGGCUCCUUUGAGGCGUCUUAUAAAAGAAAUCGCAAAAAGUUUUAAACCUUACUUAAGGUUUCAAAAUGUCGUGAUGGAUAAAAUCCAAGAG